AUGAGUGGGAAAGACGGUCUUGCCAGGAGGAAACCUGUAGAGCAAGUGGACGCUUCGCUCGACCAACCAAUUAAUGUAGAGGCUCCACCAACGAUUUACGGUUCUGCGAUUACGCCAGGAUUGGCUACUGCGUCGUUGAACCUUUCUGUUGAUUUCAUUAAGCAGCAACAGUCACUCGCUAACAGGGGGAUGAUCCAUCAUUACAUAACUAAGGCGGUGUUGGUUGUUGUCGCUUCGAUCUACCUGGGCCGUACGAUAACUUUGCCGAGAAAUUUAAGCUCCGGAUCUGUGGCUGAGUUCGCUUAUCAAUUCAUGCUGUUCAACAGAUAUCCGUUGGGAACUUCAAUAGCUCUGCUGGCGCUGACCUUCCUGUGUUUGCUGACAGUAUACUCCAGGGUUACCGAGACAUUCUUCAAGAGCAAGAUUAGCGAGGCGACUGCGGAUAGCGGUAAAUCCUGCUUUGGCAUGAACUUGAGAGAAUACAUCUUGAAGCCAGAGAAGGGACCUAGAGAUGCCCAGGCCGAUAAUACCUAUGUCAUCGUCUACAGAGAGACUCCAAUCGCUGUUAUCUCGCUGAGCGAAAAUAAGUCCCUGUCUUCGGAAGACUCUCUGGUUAUGGGUAUCUCCGCUUUGGGAUGCAGAAAGGUGUACUUGACUAGUGGUAUCCUGGAAGAUUUGCUAGAUUGGGCAAUGAUACGUACAAGAGCCAUCGCUAAGAAUGGAAAAUACGGAGAGUCUAUGAAAAUUUUGCUGAACGUCUAUUCUUUCGACGACCACACGAAGAAGACCUUGAAGGCGAAGGGAUUCUCUCUCGUUGCAAGCAGCAAAAUCAAGGAAAGCAGAGUGUUAGGAGGCCUCUUCGGAUUUGAAAAAGAAUUAUGGGGGGUUCAGUUCCACAUCGAGGCCUCUGAAAAGGAAUAA